AGAAAACCAAUUUGUUUGUGUGGCUACAACGCAAGCAAAGCCUCCCCAGCCGCUUUCUUUCUUUCUUUCUCCCUUCCUUCCUUCGUUGCACUGGUGCUUCUUCUCCAUCAUCAUCAUCAGAGGAGGAGCUACCUACCUACCUUUUGAUGCAGGUUGCCAUGGCCACCACCACCAGCAGCAGCUUGGUCACCGGCUUGAGGUGCAGGACAGGUGCAGCAGUGGCAUUGAUCAGACCCACUAGUGCCGCUGGGGAUCGCCGGGGCUGGAGGACGACGGCGUCCGGCCGUGGAGCCCGCAGGGGCAAGGUCACGGUCGCUGCGGCCUGCAAGACAUGCAAAGGAAAGGGGGCAGUAGAAUGCCCAGGGUGCAAGGGCACCGGCAAGAACAAGAAGAACGGCAACAUCUUCGAGAGAUGGAAGUGCUUUGACUGCCAGGGGUUCGGGCUCAAGAGCUGCCCUACCUGUGGCAAAGGAGGUCUCACACCCGAGCAGCGAGGGGAGAGAUGAAUCAACCAUAUACAACGAAAACUGCAUUCACUGUAUACCAGGCACUGCUGAUAUACCUGCACCUCCAGAAACACCACCACUAUAUUUUUUCUUUCUCAUGCAUGUCUGUGCAUUCGCGUGGCCUUGCCCAGAAAUCAAACACUGAGUACCAUCAGACAGGCAGAUUGGACUGGUGAAAUGCUAUAGUUGGACAUC